AGGACGGGCGCACGCGGCGCGGGGCGCCAGCUGCUCGCGCUGCGCUCGGGAGGCGCCGAGGGGCCGCCGGGGACGCCGCCUGCGCCGCGGGCCGGGGCGGCCUUGCGUCGGCGCGCGCGCGUUCCUGGAGAGAGCGGCCGCGGCGACCAGCACCUGCCCGGGCCCCUUCGCCGCCGCGCGCCGCCCCGCAGCCCCCAUGCUCCGCGCCGCCGGCGCCGCCCGGUGGCCGCCGCUCCUGCAGCUGCUGCUGCUGCUGCCGCUGCUGCCGCCGCUCGCCCCGCUCUCCCGCGGCGCCCCGACCGCGCCGGGCCCCGGGGGCGCGGCCUCGGCGCUGGUGGUGCCCACGCGGCUGGCGGGCCGCGCGGACGAGCUCGCGAUCCACCUGUCCGCCUUCGGCCAGGGCUUCGAGCUGCGCCUGGCGCCCGACACCAGCUUCCUGGCGCCCGGGUUCAAGGUCGAGCGCCUCGGGGGCGCGGGCGGGCCGGCCGGGGGCGAGCGCGGGCUGCGCGACUGCUUCUUCUCGGGCACGGUGAACCGCGAGCCCGAGUCGCUGGCGGCCGUGAGCCUGUGCCGGGGGCUGAGCGGCUCCUUCCUGGCGGCCGGCGAGGAGUUCACCAUCCAGCCGCAGGGCGCGGGCGCCUCCCUGGACCAGCCGCACCUCCUGCGGCGCUGGGGCCCCGCGGCCGGCGAGCCGGAGGGCGACGACGGCGAGGACAGCGAGGAGGCGGGCGGCACCCGCGAGCCGCCACCGCCCUCGGGGCCCGCGCGCAGGACCAAGCGGUCCGUGUCUGAGGCUCGCUUCGUGGAGACGCUGGUGGUGGCCGACGCGUCCAUGGCUGCGCUCUACAGCGCCGACCUGCAGAACCACAUCCUGACCUUGAUGUCCGUGGCAGCCCGAAUCUACAAGCACCCCAGCAUCCAGAACUCCAUCAACCUGGUCGUGGUGAAAGUGCUUAUAGUGGAAGAUGAAAAGUGGGGCCCGGAGGUGUCGGACAAUGGCGGGCUCACGCUGCGCAACUUCUGCAGCUGGCAGCGAUCCUUCAACAAGCCCAGCGACCGCCACCCAGAGCACUAUGACACCGCCAUCCUGCUCACAAGACAGGACUUCUGCGGAAACGACGGGCACUGCAACACCCUGGGGAUAGCAGACAUUGGCACAAUCUGUGACCCCAGCAUGAGCUGCUCCGUGAUCAAAGACGAGGGCCUGCAGGCAGCCUACACCGUGGCCCAUGAGCUAGGGCACGUGCUCAGCAUGCCCCACGAUGACUCCAAGCCCUGCGUGCGGCUCUUUGGGCCCAUGGAAAAGCACCACAUGAUGGCGCCACUCUUUAUCCACUUGAACAAGACGCUGCCCUGGUCUCCCUGCAGUGCCAUGUACCUCACUGAGCUCCUGGACGACGGCCACGGGGACUGUCUGCUGGACGCCCCCACUUCGGGCCUGCCCUUCCCCACAGACCUCCCAGGCCGCAGGGCACUCUACGACCUGGACCAACAGUGCAAACAGAUCUUUGGACCUGGGUACCGCCACUGCCCCAACACCUCCGCGCAGGACACCUGCGCCCAGCUCUGGUGUCAAAAGGAUGGUGACGAGGGCGUCUGCCACACAAGGAAUGGCAGCCUGCACUGGGCUGAUGGUACUCCCUGUGGACCUGGGCUCCUGUGCUUGGAUGGCAGCUGUCUACCAGAGGAGGAAGUGGAGAGGUCCAAGGCCGUGGUGGACGGAGGCUGGACCCAGUGGGGACCCUGGGGAGAAUGUUCCCGGACCUGUGGAGGUGGAAUACAGUUUUCAUAUCGUGAAUGCAAAAAUCCCCAGCCUCAGAAUGGAGGAAAGUACUGCCUGGGUCAGAGAGCCAAGUACCAAUCGUGCAACACGGAGGAGUGCCCCCCUGACGGGAAAAGUUUCAGGGAGCAACAGUGUGAGAAAUAUGAUGCCUACAAUUACACUGACCUCGAUGGGAAUUUGCUGCAGUGGGUCCCCAAAUACUCAGGAGUGUCCCCCAGAGACCGCUGCAAGCUGUUCUGCCGAGCCCGGGGCAGGAGGGAGUUCAAAGUGUUUGAAGCCAAGGUGAUCGAUGGGACCCUGUGUGGGCCCGAAACUCUGGCCAUCUGUGUCCGGGGCCAGUGCAUCAAGGCUGGCUGUGACCACGUGGUGGACUCGCCCAAGAAACUGGACAGGUGUGGGGUGUGUGGGGGCACAGGCAACUCAUGCAGGAAGAUCUCCGGCUUCUUCACGCCUACCAGAUACGGCUACAAUGACGUUAUUACCAUCCCAGCUGGUGCCUCGAACAUUGAUGUAAAACAGCGAAGCCACUCAGGGGUUCAGAACGACGGCAACUACCUGGCUCUGAAGACAGCUGAUGGGCGGUACCUGCUCAAUGGCAACCUGGCCAUCUCUGCCACAGAGCAGGACAUCCUGGUGAACGGGGCUGUCCUAAAGUACAGUGGCUCCAUGGCCUCCCUGGAGCGGCUCCAGAGCUUCCGGCCCCUGUCUGAGCCUCUGACUGUGCAGCUCUUGACUGUCCCCAGUGAGCUCCCUUCCCCAAGAGUCAAAUACACCUUCUUUGUUCCCAAUGAUGUGGACUUCGGCAUACAGAACAGCAAAGAGAGAACAACCCCCAACGCCAUCCAGCCACUCUCCUCACGCAGUGAGCACAGGGACUGGUCUGACGCUCCAGCACCAGCUAAGUGGCUGGCAGCAGCAACAGUGGACAACAGAGACCGCCCAGGCCAGGCCUCUGUCACCCGUGACAGGGCUCUGCAACCUGAGGGUGCAAGCCCUGCAGAAGCCAGCAGUGUCCCCAGUGAGAGGAGAGGGUCUUGUGCUCAUGGACCUGAGGUAUUGGGGUGUAGGCAGGGUCCCCUUUGUGGUGACCUAUCUAUCAAGGUAGCGUGACCUGUGCAGGCCUCCUACUGCCACAGUCCCUUGGGUGCUGCCUAAUUCAUAAGGGGAGGAGAAGGGGUGGGACAGCAGAUUGAACAUGGACUGCCCAGUGAACUGAAGGCUGCUCAAGUUCAAGUAGAAGGUGUAGGUUAAAAGGUAAAAACGUACUCACUGACCCAAAUGGGAGGCUCAGAGCCAACAGAGACUCACGAGGCUAAAUGGGGGGAAAAAAACUCUUUUCUAUCUGAUUUCCCUGAUAAAUAAUCUACCUCAGAGGGAAAAAAAUGGUUCAAGGGAGGUGUGGGGCAAGGAGUCAAUGGUGACUGUCAAAGCAAGCCCCCCAGCUGUGCCCCAGAGUUCCCAAGAUAUGGGCACUACAGUCCCCAGUGUGAAAAUCUGUCACUCAGAGGGCUGCAGUGUCCGUCACAAGGCUGUGGGAGCCACAUGUUCUCAGGCUGCCACCUGCUGGGGUGGACCCAUUCAGUAUUUAUGCGAACGUGUCUCUGAACUAAAGUGUGAUCAUGUGCCUGUGAA